AUGGACACGUAUUUAUCUAGAAUUUCAUUCGAAAUCGUAUCAGAAAUUAAAAACGUAAAUUCUUGGAAAUAUUCUGUAAAAUACGAAGAACGUUUAUCACAUUGGCCUUACGUAAGGAACUAUGCAACUGCUAACAUUGUCACUGAUUUCAAUUAUUCUGAUGACAUCCAUUUUAUAAAUUCUACCCAUCGCACAUGCUUCUUAAAGAACACAUUCUGCCUUGAAUCAAAGGGAACGUUUCUAAUACAUUCGAACCUUCUGAAUUCCGUAGUUUGUAAAGAACACGUGAUCUAUCAAUGUCCAAUAUUCAUGUCGCUUCUUUGUUUACGGGAAGUAGUUUACCAAAGGAAUCAUAUUUUGGGAAAUUUGAAGAAACAUUUUGAUAAUUAACAUGUGCGGGAUAAUGUACUUAAUGAGUAUACUUGU